AUGCAUCUCAUGUACCACUUCGACGCCGAAGGCAAGCGCGUCUACACGCUCAAGAAGAUCGUCGACGGCGAGGCCACCAAGUCCGCCCACCCGGCCCGCUUCUCUCCCGACGACAAGUACUCGCGCCAGCGCGUCACGCUCAAGAAGCGCUUCGGCCUUCUCCCCACCCAGCAGCCCAAGAACAAGCAGGCGGCCAUGGGCGCGUCGGGGAGAGGGAAAAUUGAAAGCGUUGAGAAGCACAACGGAAUUGUCGGCGAUGAAGGCUCUUUCUCGCGUACUCUCAGCGCUUCCGCUCUGGCUCUCGACGAGCAAGCCAGAACCAACUUCUUCGUGUCCACGCCUGAGGAGGUUUUGUGCACUAUGAAGGAACUCUAG